AUGUUUCGUGUAAUAAUUGCAACAUUAGCUACUUCAUCUUAUCUAAUUUUGGCUGGCGGUUUAAGGGAUUAUUUUACACAUAUAAUUGUUGAUGAAGCUGGUCAAGCAUUAGAAUCAGAAGUUUGGAUUCCUAUAGGCUUGUUAUUUUUAAUUUUGUAA